GCCAAUCAAAGUGCGAUAAUUGAAGUUCUCAGUCACGUACCAUUUCCACAACAAGAAGAUCAAGUUGUACCUCCGCCAAGUCGAACUCUAGCACCUGGGAAAGACCGACCCAGCUUCCGUGUCGAACUUAGAUCUCAGGAACUUUUUGCAGGGCAGCCUCUACAUUUAGAAACAAAAUUAACUCCAAUUAAUGAUCCAACAAUGAAAGUCAACUUUUUACUUAAUGGUACACAAGUCCAACCAAGUGACCGUGUUAAAUGUUUUUAUCAAAAUGGGUUUGUUGUUUUGUCCAUUGAUGAAGUUAGCGAAAAAGAUGCAGGAUUCUAUGUUUUCCAAGCCGAAAAUGAGAUUGGAGAUGCUGAAACAUCAGCUACGGUUGUCGUUGUACCUCUUAUGGAUGGCAGCAUUUACCUCGCUGAAAGUGAAACAGCUGUAGUAGACGUUGAGGAUAUGCGAGAAUUACAGAGCUCUCAGACUGCUGGUCAAAUGCAUGCCCCAAAAUUUAUACAACCCCCAAGAGAUUUUCACUGUGAAGAUGAAUUGGGCCGUUCGUUCUUUGAUGCACGCAUAGCACCUGUUAAUGAUCCGACAUUGCGAGUAAUUUGGGAAAAAGAUGGAUUACCACUGCCGAAUGCUAAUCGUAUUCAGCUUGUUAACAAUUUCGGCUUCGUUUCGUUGAGUAUUCACCCAACAUAUCCGGAGGAUGAAGGUGUAUACAAUUGCAUAUUACGCAACUCCUUGGGGGAGACAAGCCAUAGUACUGAAGCUUUACAAUUAGAUCCACUCCAUGCAGGUGCUCUUCCAACUAUUCAAGGCUUUGAAGAUUAUAGAGUACACAUUGGACCAAUGCCUGUUGAACGUCUUGAAGAGCUCCAAAGUCUUGAAUCUCCUAAAUUUGCACGGACUCUGGAAGGAAAAGUCGAAGUAGAUAUGGAGCAGCCUGUUCAUUUUGAGUGUCGGGUACAACCAGCAAAUGAUGUUAGGAUGAACGUUCAUUGGCUAUUUAAUGGACAGCCACUUGUAGCAGCACACCGCUUUAAACCCAUGUUUGACUUUGGCUAUAUUGCUCUUGACAUUCUUUAUGCCUACCCUGAGGAUAGUGGUACAUAUACUUGUGUGGCACGUAAUGAACUUGGCGAAGCUCAAAGUUCAGUAGAAUUAUUGGUCAACACAAAACAGACGCUUUUCCAGGAUCCAUUACAUCCUGAAGGUUUAGAAAGAAUCCAGGAGUUGGAACAGCCUAGAGACUUUAGCUUACAACAAGUCCCAGACCGAGAAUGCGACAAUCCACCAAAAUUCUUGGGAAAUCUACAAAAUAUUGAAUUGACUGAAGGAGAUGAAUUAUGUUUUGAAAUCAAACUUGUUCCUGUCAAUGAUCCUACAAUGAUUGUUGAAUGGUUAUUAAAUGAACAACCUUUAUAUUUUGGGUCACGUAUUCAUUCUCAAAAUGAUUUUGGAUUCAUUACACUUACUAUACUUGGAAUUAUCCCAGAAGAUGCUGGAACAUACACUGUUAGAGCAACGAAUGAAAAAGGACAGGAUUCUCGCAGUUGUCAAGUCUCUGUUUUAGGCAAAGACGCAAUUUUAUCAUCUCCUCAACACGAGGAAUCAUUGGGUAAAAUUGAAUAUUUGGAGAAUCUACAAAAGUUUAUCCGUACUGAAAUACCUGACUAUGAACCCACAGCUCCACAUUUUGUACAACCACUAAACGGCAAUAUGGGUGAAAUUGAAGAAGGAGAGCCCCUUCAUUUGGAGUGUAGUGUGGCACCAGUUGGAGACAAUCAACUAAGGAUUCAUUGGCUCCGAAAUGGACAGCCAUUGCCACAUGCACAUCGUUUUCGCACAUUCUAUGACUUUGGUUUUGUUUCACUUGACAUUUUGCAUGUGUACUCUGAAGAUUCUGGCCAGUACACAUGUGUAGCAGAGAAUAGUCUUGGACGUACUGAAACAAGCACACAAUUCACUUGCCAACCAAAGAGUUUAAUAUAUACUGAGACUCAGCAUCCUGACAGUUAUGCAAGAAUACAAGAGAUUGAAGCCCCAAAGCCUUUACCAGCUGAAGUCCCUGAACCUGAAUCACAGGCGCCCUUCUUCUCCAAGCCUUUAACCGUGUCUGCUAAUGAGGUAGGUGAAGGUGAAAAUGUCUAUUUGGAAGCACAAUACGGUCCUCUCAAUGACAAUACCUUGGUUUGUGAAUGGUUUUUCAAUGGACAGCCGUUAAUGAAGGCUCAUCGAUUCGUUCUUAGCCAAGACUUUGGAUUUGCGGCAUUGAGCAUUCUUUAUAUGAUUCCUGAAGACAGUGGCACGUAUACGUUACUAAUUCGAAAUGGAGCUGGACAAGAAAGCAGUACUAGUGCUGAUAUCCGUUGUGGAAGUAAAGAUGCAUUAUUGAUGGAUACUUUCCAUCCAGAUUCUGUGCAGCGUAUUGCAGAACUUGAGGCACCACGUCCAUUACCAGACGAACUACCUGAGCCUGAAAAGCAAGCACCACAAAUUGUAAAACAACUAACAGUUACAAGUCCAAGUGAAGGAGGACCUGCUGAAACGCAAUCCUUACACUUUGAUGCACAGUAUACACCUACUGAUGAUAAUACUAUUAUAAUCGAGUGGUUUCAUGAUGGCCAACCGAUGCAAAAUAGCAAUCGUCACCAUUUGAGUAAUGAUUUUGGCUAUGUUGCUUUAGACAUUAAUUUCCUUUUGGCUGAAGACGUUGGUGAAUACACACUUGUAGUCAGUAAUGCCGUUGGGCAGGCACAAACAUCAACCUCCAUUGAUUUUGAGGGAUCCGCCGUCAUUGUUGACGAUACCCAGCAUCCUGAAAGCCUUCGUCGCAUCCAAGAAAUAGAAGCAAUCCGGCCACCUGAGCCAACAGAAGAAGACCUUCCACCUGAAGCUCCUUCAUUUACGCAACAACUAAACGGUCAAAUUCAAGAUUUAAUUGAAGGCCAACCACUACAUUUAGAGUGUACCGUGAUGCCUGUUACCGACCCAAAACUUAGAAUAGAAUGGUUUUUCAAUGGGCAGCCACUGGCUUUUAGUUCACGUAUUCGUACAAUUCACGAUUUUGGCUAUGCGGCUCUUGAGUUUGCUCAUCUUUUAGCAGAAGAUAGUGGAACAUACACUUGCCGCGUUAUUAAUGAUGUUGGAGAAGCGGAGUCUAGCACUACCAUUGAAUGCCGAUCUAAGCGCAAUCUUUAUCUAGAUUCGCAACAUGAACAGUCUUGGGCCAAAAUUCAGGAGAUGGAAAAUUUCCAACCUGUUAAAGAACCUUCGCCCGAACUACAUUUUUCAAGCCCAAGCUUUAUUGUUCCAUUACAAAACUUUGAAGACUUGGUUGAAGGUGAUGCUGUUCGUUUAGAGUGCAGACUUCAACCGGUUAACGAUCCAACAUUAAAGGUGUUUUGGACAUGCAAUGGACAGCCAUUGCCUGAGGGAAAUCGUUUCAUGCCAGCAAGAAACCUUGAUUUGGUUACUUUGGAUAUUCUUACCGUAUAUGGCGAAGAUUCUGGUUUGUAUACUUGCAAAGCUGUUAGUGAAUUUGGCGAAGCCCAAACGGCUGCGACAGUUAAAUGUCAGCCAACUGAUGCUCUUCGUUUGGAUGUUCAGCAUGAACAAAGUUGGCAACAAAUACAAGAAUUGGAAAAUCGACAACCAGUUGAAAUUUUAAUGCCGGAAAUAGAAAUAGUUGCUCCUCGAUUUGUGCAACCUUUGCCUAGUGGUUUACCUGAAUUCCAGGAAGGUGAUCCAAUUCACUUGGAAGCACAAAUAGAACCAACAAACGACAAUAAGCUUACAGUAGAAUGGCUAUUUUGCGGACAAUCACUUCCCAACGGUCAUCGUUUUCGUAAAACACAUGAUUUUGGAUAUGUAUCACUUGAUAUUCUUUACUCAUUUGCACAUGACUCAGGUGAAUAUGUAUGUGUAGUAAGGAAUGAACUGGGAGAGGCACAGUCUCAAACUACAUUGCAAAUUGCCGCGAAAGGAAGCUUAUACAUGGAUCCACAACAUGAAAAUAGUUGGCAAAAAAUUCAAGAGUUAGAGGCACCGAAACCAGCACCUGAGGAGAUGGAACCUCCAGCAAUGGAAGCUCCCAAAUUCAUCGAACCUCUUCAGAGUUUAGAGCGUAUUGAAGGUCAGCCGGCACAUUUUCAGACACGUGUUGUUCCUGUUAAUGAUAAUCAGCUUCGUAUUCAUUGGUUAAAAGAUGGUCAGCCUUUAGCGGACAGCAACCGUUUUGCUUUUACUAAUGAUUUUGGACUUGUAGCUUUGGAUCUGUUACAUACUGUAGCUAAUGAUGCUGGAACUUAUACUGCUGUUGCCAUAAACGAACUGGGUGAAGCACGUGUCGAAGGACAGUUAAGCGUUCAAACUAUUUCUGGUCUUCUGUUGGAAACACAGCAUGAACAGAGUUGGCAAAGAAUACAAGAGUUGGAAGCUCCCAAGGAAAAACCUGAUGAGGCACCGGAGAUGGAUCACGGCCCGCCCCGGUUUACGCAACAGCUAAAUAAUCAGACAGAUUUGGUAGAAGGCCAGCCAGCUCAUUUUGAAGCGCAGGUUGUACCAAUUACCGACCCUCGAAUGAAAAUUCAAUGGUUCCAUAAUGGACGUCCUCUCGCAGCUUCAAACCGUUUUGCAUUUCGAAAUGAUUUUGGACUUGUCACUAUGGAUAUUCAUUAUGUUUUACCACAAGAUGUUGGCGAUUACCGUUGUCUAGCUGUAAACGAACAAGGGGAGGCUAGCACAGAAGCACAUUUGGAUUGCAAACGAAGACCUUCUCUUUUACUUGAUGUUCAACAUGAAGAAAGUUGGCGCCGUAUACAAGAAAUUGAAGCGCCUAGAGAGCCAGUACCUGAGCCAGAACCAAUACAAUAUCCAAAGCCUCAAUUUACUCAACCACUUCAGAGUCAGGCUGAUGUAAUAGAUGGCUUUUUAGUUCUGUUUGAAGCUAAGGUUACUCCCAUCAAUGACCCGAAUAUGCAAAUCCAAUGGUUCCGCAAUGAUCAGCCUUUAAUGCAAAGCAAUCGUUAUGCAAUAGGCGAAGAAUUCGGUCAUGUUUGGCUUCGCAUUGUUAGUGUUGGUCUUCAUGACGCUGGCGUCUACACCUGCAAGGCAGUCAACCGAGAGGGUGCUGCAAUGACAAAUGCUUCUCUAACGGUAGCAGGAGAUGAACGUCUAUUGCUUGAUCCGUUACAUGCACAAAGCUAUGCGCGUAUUCAAGAAUUGGAAGCCAUGGAAAAAUUCCCUCGACUAGAGUAUCCUGAUUUGGAAUUUGGAAAGCCAACUUGGACUAAAACCUUUGAUAGUAUUGAUGUAGAUACUGAAGGAGGCAUUGUUCAGUUAGUUGGUCAUGUUGAGCCUGUGGCUGAUCCAAACCUACAUGUAGAAUGGUUUCUUAAUGGAGUGCCAUUAUUGAAUGCCAAUAGAUUCAGACAGGAAUUCAAUUUUGGAGAAGUCAUCCUCUAUAUUAUCCAUGUCCUUCCUCAUGAUUCUGGUGUCUACUCAUGUCGUGCUUAUAACUUACAAGGAGAAGCUACAACCUCAGCAACUGUAAAAGUCGCAGGGUAUGAAGCCAUACUCAAGGACACACAACAUCCAAACAGUUGGGAACGUAUUCAAGAAUUGGAAAGGCCUAGAAUUAUUGAAGAAAUUGAAAUUCAAGAAAUUAAAGAAAAACCAAGAUUCUUAACACAGCUUGAAUCUGUAGAAGUAUCGGAAGGAACACCUAUUCGCCUAGAGGCCACCUACCAGCCAGCACGAGAUAACGAUCUCAAAGUUUCUUGGGAGUUUAAUGGGCAGCCAUUAGGUGCUUCGCAACUAAUUCGAACAAGAAAUGAUCUUGGAUGGGCUGCGAUAGAUAUUAAUGGUGUUAAUCCUGAUCACACUGGCGUAUAUACUCUACAUAUUGUCAACACAGAAGGAGAGGCUGCUACAUCUGCAACCGUGAAGGUCGCCGGAGUUGGUGACAUUUUAUUGAACACACAACAUGAAGAAAGUUGGCGUCGUAUACAGGAAUUAGAAGCACCACGUGAGAGAGAAGCCUCUCCCCCGCCGCAAGAAUUUUCUGCUCCCGUUUUCCAAAAACAAAUUGCAGAUAUUCAAUGUAAAGAGGGUGAAGUUUCUAGAUUUGAAGCUGCAUUUUUGCCAAAUAAUGAUCCAAAUAUAACAAUUCAAUGGGUGCGUAAUGGAAUUCCAUUAGUUCAUGGUUCUAAAUAUGCUAUUUCCAAUGACUUUGGUUAUUGUACUUUAAUUAUUGGCUAUACAUAUCCCGAAGACGAAGGGAUAUAUCAACUGUUAGUUCAAAACAGCAAGGGUGAAGCUAUAACAUCAGCAACAUUAAAAUGUGAGCCUAAGGAAGCAAUAAUUGGUGAUGUUCAGCAUGAAGAAAGUUGGCGACGAAUACAGGAAUUGGAAGCCCCGAAAGAAAUACUGCCUGAGGCAGAACCAAAACCUAAGGUUGCGCCAAAAUUCACUUCGCCAAUUCUUUCGCCUGGCGAUGUUUAUGAAGGCCAGCCCGUACAUUUCGAAACAACUUUAGAACCUAUUGAUGAUAAUGAAUUAAAAAUUCAAUGGUUUAUGAAUGGAACUCCAGUAGCUUCUUCUUCUCGUUUAAAACUAAUUUCUGACUUUGGAUGGGCUAUUUUAAAUAUUAAUGAUGCCGAACAACGUGAUAGUGGUACAUGGGAAUGUGUAGCUAGCAAUUCCAUAGGAGAAGCAAGAACAUCUGUUCAACUCAAUGUUUCUCCAAAAGAACGACUUUUACUUGACCCAAUUAAUGAAUCUAGCUUCGCAAAAGUUCAAGAAUUAGAAGCUCCAAAACCUUUGCCGGAGGAGCAACCUCCAGCAACAUUUUCGGCACCCUCGAUUACCGUCCAAUUAAGUGCUCCAGAUAAUUUCAAUGAAGGAGAUAGUGCUCAUCUUGAGGCUCAUUAUACACCAUCAAACGAUUCUAAGCUUAAAGUUGAAUGGUUUAAGGAUGGACAACCAAUUUAUCAUUCAAAUCGGCAUAGAAUUGUAUCAGACUUUGGUUUUGGAAUUUUAGACAUUCUAUACCUUUUGGCUCAUGAUGCUGGACAGUACAUGCUUAAAAUUUCAAAUGAAAAUGGGGAAGCUAGCACAACUGUAGAUUUGACUGUUAAUCCAACUGAAUCGCUUUUACUACAAUCUAUGGGUGAAGGAAAGGCUAAAGCAGUACAGGAAUUGGAGGAUUCAUUACUUCCCAAAUUGCCCGCUGAAGAAUUACCAAGAGAACAACGAAUGCCCGUAUUUGUUUCUCCGUUAAAUGCACCUACUGAAUGUGAACAAGGAGAUAGAGCUCACUUUACUGCUCGUUAUGAACCUUUGGAUGACAAUCAGUUAAAAAUACUAUGGUUCCUCAAUGGCCGACCUCUUCUAACUGGUUCUCGUGUAAAAACAAUUGCUGAUUUUGGAUUCGUCGUGCUCGAAAUUCAUCCUUGUUAUCCAGAAGAUUCAGGCGAGUAUAUGUGCAAAGCUAUAAAUGCUGUGGGUGAAGCUGUAACAACUACAAAACUGAACGUGACUCCAAAGUCUGGUAUUGAACAUCAGCCACAGUUGCCACCAUCCAUAGCAGCAGGUGCACAACAAAAGAUUAACGAACUGGAAAGUAGAACACCGCUUAUAAUUGAACAGCCAGAGAAAGAACAUGGGGCCCCAAGAUUCACAACACAACUAACCAGUCUCCAAUUGAGUGAAGGAUCCCUUGCCCACCUUGACGCAAAACUAGAGCCUAUUGAUGAUCCAAAUCUAAUCAUUGAGUGGUUCCACAAUGGUGAUCUUGUAAGAAAUACUGCUAGAAUGAAGACAAUCCAUGAUUUUGGAUUUGUUGUUCUCGAAUUGUUCCCAGCAGAGCCACAAGACAAUGGAACAUGGCUUUGUCGGGCAACAAACGCGCAAGGACAGGCUGAGAUACAAUGUGAAAUUGAGGUGGUUGGUGACAGUGGCGUUUCUUAUGAGUGGGUUGCUCCAGGCGAACGUAAGGAGAGAAUUGAACAAUUAGAAGACUGGAUUGGCCGUCCGAAAGCUGAGUUGGCUGCACCUGUUGUAGAAUUUGAAGCUCCAAGGUUUACAGAACAGCUACAAGAUGCCGGCACUAUUGAUGAGGCACAAUCUCACGCUUUUAUCUGUGCUCUAGAGCCAAUCGGCGAUCCAAGUUUGCGUAUCGAAUGGCAACAUAAUGGUCAUCCAGUACCUUAUUCUAAUAGGAUUGUUACAACUAAUGAUUUCGGCGUUAUUACACUAUUAAUUAAACAUUUGAUAAGUCAAGAUACUGGGGAAUAUCGCUGCAUUGCUCGAAGUGAUAAAGGCGAAGCUCAAACUUCUGCCAGUAUUGUAGUAGAAUCUAUUAUACAAGUUGAUGAACCAACUAUCUUACAACCUUUGGUGGAUAACAUUGAUGCAGCUGAGGGUGAAUCUAUUCAUUUAGAAUGUAGAGUUGCUCCAAUAAAUGAUCCAAAAUUGCAAAUACAAUGGCUACGUGAUGGAUUGCCUUUGGGAGAUGCAAAUAGAUAUAAGCAGAUAUUUGAGUUUGGUUUUGUCACUUUGGACAUUCUAUACGCAUAUCCAGAAGAUAAUGGGGACUAUCAACUUAUUGUGACUAAUGAUAAAGGCCAAGCAAGCACCAAAACACAUUUGGUUGUCUUACCAAAGCCUGGCCUUAUUUUCUCACCUCAAGCACCCGGUUCAAACAUGGUUGAAAAUUUGGAGCAUCACAUGGCUCAAUACACACGUACCCAACUAAUGCUUACUCAAGACGAUGCUUGGGUGUCUUCUGCUGAUCAGCCACCAGUUUUUAAAUCCCAAUUAAACAAUGUCGGUGUAGAAGAAGGCGACUUUUGUAGAUUUGAAACUCAAUUAGCACCGAUUAAUGAUCCUUAUAUGAAGGUGGAAUGGUUCAAGGAUGGACGUCCAGUGUUAAUUGGAACUCGCUUCCGAAAUACUCUAGAUUUUGGCUAUGUUUGCCUUGACCUUUUGUAUGCACUCCCUGAUGACACCGGAGAAUAUACUUGUGUUGCUACGAAUCAACACGGUCAAGCAAUGCUUAAAGCCAAGCUUGCAUGCUCAGCCAAACAACAUGUAAUAACGCAACCACAAAUGCCGCAAGGUGUACGUGUUAAAGACGUUAAAAAGAAUGUUUACUGGACUGAAAGUGGCCAAAAACAACCAGCAGUGAGGGCAAAGCAAGGCCCUCAAUUUUUAAUCACUCCUCGUAAUGCUCAAGUAGUUGAAAAUAUGCCUGUUCGUUUCGAAUGUGCUGUCUCUGGAAAUCCAAAGCCGAAAGUGAUCUGGUAUAUGAAUGGAGUUCAAGCAUUAGAUGGCCACCGCUACAAACUUAGCUUUGACGGUGUGCAUUAUAUGACUAUAAUGCAUGCUAGAAUUAGUGAUGCUGGUACUGUUGAAGUAAUAGCCAGAAAUUCUGAAGGUGAAGUACAUGCUAAUGCAAGCUUGGAUGUUUUCCAACAUGAAGACUUCCGCCAACAUAAACUCCAACAAUCAAAACAAAAGACUAUUGAGGAAUUACAAUCUCGUGAACAACAAUGGAAGGAGGAGACUCUUGGUCAAUUGGGAAAAGCUUUUGAAAAAGCGCCGAAGGGAGAUUUCCAGAAGCUUUCGAAAGUGGAGUUGCAAAAAGCGCCGAUUGAACCGCUGGAAACUGAAGAAUUGGUCCAGAAGUUUACGCGAGCUAAGGAUGAACAAUUCUAUGACAAAUUAGCCUAUGUCGAAAAACCUCAACGUGAAUUUCCUGGACUUGAAUUAGAGCCAGUUGAGUUAAAAGCAGGAAAAGUAUCUCGAUAUCAACCAGUUACUGAAAAAUUAGAAACUGUAGCAUUGCGGGAAUUGCCAGAAAAAUCUCCAGCUAAAGAAGCUGAGCAAUUGCCUGACUGGAGCCAAAAGAAACUUGGAGAACCUGCAGGAAGAUUUACGCAAUUUGAAGAGCCAGAACCCGAGCCAAAUAUUAUCCACCGCGAUCAGGUUAAAUUGCGUGGAGCUAAACCAAAACCAGCUGCUGAAUUACCUCCUAUGGACCAUGUCACUAUUGAGGAGGAUCGAGCCAAAUUAGCGCAACCUAGACAGGGACCAGCACCUGAGAUUGAGAAAUUUGUGCCACACAAAGACCAAGUACAAAUAAAGCAGAAAUUCAAGCCAAAAGAGACAAAACCACUUGAAUUUGGAAAAGUUGAGGGAGCUGACAAACCUCUUAAAGACAUUCCGCCUGUUGUUAAGGAGGAAUUUGAAAAGAGUACGGUACCGAGUAAGCCACAACCAACCAAGAUAACGCAAAGUCAAAAAACCUCACCUACACUCACUAAAACUUUGCAACCUGCUCAAGCAGAAAUUGGUCGUUCAGCUUCAUUUGCAAUAAGCUAUUCGGGUGAUGAACCAUGCACUAUUAAAUGGUUCAAGAAUGGAAAGCAAAUUCGUUCAGCAUUCGAUACCCAGAUUCGCACGACGCCUGGCGAAUCUCGUCUUGACUUGAGUAAACUGAAAGAGGCACACGCAGGUGAAUAUUCUGUUAGUGUGGAGAACGUUGCAGGCAAGUGUGAGUCAUCUGCUAGUCUUACUGUUUCUGCUGUUCCUUACCGUGGUGUGGCUCCUCAAUUUACACAAAGAGUGGCUGAUCAACGAGUGCAGCAGGGCCAAACUGUUAAACUUAGUUGUAACAUUACUGGUUCCCCACGGCCUACAAUUAGCUGGUUCAAGGACGGCAAACAAUUGCCUAAUGAUGAUCGUUAUCAACAGGCCGAUUCUGAGUCUGAAACAGCUCUGACUAUUACUGAAGCUCUGCCAACUGAUGGUGGUGUUUAUGAAUGUGUUGCAAAGAACCCGGCAGGUGAAUGCCGAUGCAAGUCACGAUUAAAUUUGAUUUUGGCCAAAACUGGUUCUGAAGCUGAGAAAGGGCCAAAACAAGAAGCACCACGUUUCGUAGAUACGAUCAAACCUGUGUUAGGUCAAGAAGGUGCAAACUCUGAGUUUAGGGCCAAGUAUACUGGUGAACCAGAGCCAACUAUCCGUUGGUCUCGCAACAACGAACCAAUAAAGCGAAACGAUCGUGUUGACUUUGGAAAUGCUGAAGGAGAUGCUUGGCUACGUAUCAGUGGAUUAACUCAAGAAGACGUUGCUGAAUAUAAAUGCGAGGCUAUUAAUCCUGUUGGUCGCGCUAGCACUGUAGCUAAUUUAGUUCUCAAGCCUGCAUCCGGAAAAGUGAUUGGUGGCAAACCUGGAAUAUUUGCCAUCCAAGGAGGAGCUGGAAAGUUUGGAACCGGUCCUGUCGGGGCAACAAAAUCGCCUCAAUUCCUGAUUCCUCUGAACUCAAUUAAUGCUAGACAGGGCGAGAAUGUGAAAUUUAUUGCCGACAUCGACGGUGAUCCUCUGCCUACCGUUCAGUGGCUCUUCAAUGGAAAGCAGAUUGUUGCUGGAGGCUUCCAUUUGAUAACACAAGAGGAUAAUCGUGUCUCACUUGAAAUCAAAAAGGUUACGCCAGGAAAUGCGGGGACAUAUACUUGCCAAAUUCGAAAUCAACACGGGGCGGCCCAAUCAGAGGCCAAACUUAGCGUACAGAGUAGGUGA